ACACACAAAGCUGCGCAGCCGGAACCUCUCCAUACGAAUUCUCCUCUCAUCGACGCAGCAUCUUCUGUGGAGAGAUCACCGGAAACACAACUCUAACCCUAGAUUUUACAGUCAAUCCUAUCCGAUCACUUCUCUGUACUCUACACUCCUCUGUUUCACUAAAUAUAUAGCUUUUCAAAAAAGAUUGGAGACAUACUCUCCAAUCUAUCUCCGCCUCUCUAUUUGUGCUUGUGGAAAUCUCAGUCCUUUCCAAAAUCCAUACUUAACUCUUUCGUUCCUUACAUACGGCUAUUUCGAGAUGUUGUUACCGUUUGCCGACAAACAAAAAUCCCUAGAUCGCGAAACUUCAAAAUCGCGACUCCAGAAAAAUAUCAAGACAACAAAAGAAAGGUAUUAGAACACGGAGACUCGUCAAGGCCAAAACAGCAGAGAAAGCAGGAAGCAAUGACAUUCCUUGAGAGAAUGGAAGAUGAUACAGAAACAGAUGAAGAAGUGCAUGAACAAGAAGUUGAUGAUAGCUCAGCUGAUGAGAUAGACACAUUGGAGCAAGAGAAUGAAGAGACUGACCUAAAGAUAAGGCCCCUGCCAACACAGCUAACAAAACCCAUUAAAGCCCUAACCAAUCAACAACCCCAGAGUAUAAAAGACAUUGGGCUGGGAAGGAUUCUUGACCUCAAAAUCACAAACCUUCCAAGGAAAUUGGGGAUGUGGCUAGUUGAAAACUAUGACGCAAGGAGCAACACAUUGAAUCUGCAAAAUGGCCAAAGACUACAGAUCACAGAAGAAGAUGUUGCUGUGACAUUGGGACUGCCGCUUGGAGAUAUAGAAAUCACUAAGAGGGAAAGUACAGCAGUAUCUGAUCUCCUGACAGACUGGAGAAAAAUCUUUGGAAGGGCUGACGGCCACAUCACCCCAUACAAAAUGUCUAAAAAAAUGCUGACAUUGAGAGCUGCUGACCCUUGGUUCAAACGGCAUUUUGCACUACUUGUUAUGUCUGUGUUGGUGGAGCCACAGGUAAAUGGUUGUGUGAACCAAAACUACAUUGACAACUUGCGUCAAGUUGACAACAUCAAGAUGCUCAAUUGGUGUAAAAUGCUCAUCAAUUCACUCAUCGCAAGCAAGAAGGCAUGGCUGGAAAGCUGUGAUGGAAGGUUUGGAGGACCAAUUGUUUUCCUAACGGUAAAUAGACACUCAACAAGCUUGUAAUUAAUUACACAUCAACCUAUUAGUAAUCUAAACUACCAAAUGCAAGUAUUCUAUGUUGACCGUGUGGUGCUCUACCGGAGGGUUGUCCCAAGAAGCUACCCUGCCAUGAAUAACUGGACAUUUAAGCUGCUCCGUCAACGACAACAGGAUGAGCUCAAGUCUGUAGGAUUUGGAUAUGGACGUGUUGAUACUGCCUUACCACUGGAGAUCACAACACAUUGUGAAGCCCCACCCCCACCACCACCACAAGAAGAGACCCCACCACUGCCACAAGGAUUACAGGUCAAUUGCACAGAGUCUACUGAGAAUAUCAAGGCUAAUUGAGAAUGCACCUGCAGCAGUAUUGGAGUAUGACACAUUCAAGCAGAUGUUUGAAUCUGCUAGGCAAAUGCUUGGAUUCAGAGCACAAGAUGAUGGAGAACUGAUAUUUACUCAGAGAGAAGAUGCCUACUGGAGUGACCCUGAGUUCUUAAGAGCGGUAGGUGAGAUUGUCCGUGCAGUAAACAAGAGAAAUUUUCUAAAUGAUAUGCCAUCUUUCAGCCUGGGAUUGACACCAGAUGAACAAAAUAGACGUUGGACGGACAUGAAUGAUAUUGCACGAGACUACCAAAACAUUGAUCAGGCUAUGGAAAAUGAAGAAGUUGAGCUGAAUAUUAAUGAGGGUCAAGAAGCAACUGAAAGUCAACAAGAUGGGCAGGAGGCUCAACCAGAUGCACCUGGUAACAACAAUGAUGAGGUCACACCAACAGACCAAUGUCAAGAGGGUCCUGGUUCAGAUCCACCACCCCCACCCUAACCAUUAGACAAAGGGAAGAGACUAGCUAGAGGGAACAACCCAAUCAGACCUAAAGACCGCAUAUAUGCAACUGAUCUGGAAGCCCCAAUAACUUCAACAGAGGAAUCAAUCAGACAAUGGGUAUUAGAAAACCCUAACCCAGAACUUGAGCAGGAAUUAUUCAGGUAUGAAGGAAGAGUAAUCUACUGGAGAGAUAUGCUAUUAAUGGCGCCAGAUACAGAGAUUCCAGUCUCUAUAAUUGAUGCUUGGGCAGCCAUACUAAACAUUCGUGAAGGAGAAAGAGGUUCUACAAAAUUCAUUGCUUCAACAUGGACAAGUCUGUACACAAUUGUGAACCCGCAGGGAGAUGAAGAUUUGAGAUUUAUGAGAUUCAAAGAAAAGUACCUUCAAGUCAAGGCGAUUGUUGUAGACAUCAUGUGGCACAAGAUUGUAUACUUUUUGUUUCCCAUAGUGGCAUCCAACCACUACUACCUGCUGUCUGUUAGCCCAAUAAUGGAAAUGUUUGACAUCAUUGACAACUCUUCAGCACCUGUGAAGAAACAGAACAAAUACGGAUAUGUGCUUGACAAUUUGAUGUUGAUCGAGCAGAAAUCUGCGUACAAAGGUGAAAAGGUGAAGAAGCUGAAGUCUAAGAUAAUGAAAAUGCCAUGGAGAGAUGCACAUAACAAAAAGGAUUGUGGCAUCUUUUUAAUGCGCCAUUUGGAAACCUUCCGUGGACAGACAACUGAAGAAUGGGAUUGUGGAUUGCAGAGAAACAACAAAGAACAAUUGAACAAGCUAAGAGUGAGAUACUUGGCUGCCUUGAUCACCUCAGAUGUGAACGAACUGAGAGAAAUAAACAUACAGCAGGCAGCAGAGUUUGGGGUUUAAGGAGGCUUUCAAACAUGUAAAAAGUUUUUGUGAUGGCAUGGCGUAGACCAUAUGACUACUAGACACUCUAUAUUUUGUGAUGGGUACUUGUGAAGGCCUAACCCAUUUGCAUCGCUAUAAAUGCAGUA